AUGGCGGAGGAGAAAGCCGGGCUGAAGAGCAGCAGCUCCAUCGUGCCCUGCUUCCUGUUUGUGGAGCUGGUCAUCAUGGCGGGCACGGUGCUGCUGGCGUACUACUUUGAGUGCACCGACACCUUCCCCGUGCACAUCCAGGGCUUCUUCUGCCACGACAAGGCCUUCUCCAAGCCCUACCCGGGGCCCGAGCACACCAGCAAGGCGCCCCCCGUCCUCGUCUACUCCCUGGUCACCGCCAUACCCACGCUCACCAUCCUGGUGGGGGAGCUGAUGGUGUUCUUCCUGAAGGCGGACGGCACCCAGGAGAAGACCAUCGUCACCGCAGACUGCUGCUACUUCAACCCCCUCUUCAGACGCAUCAUACGCUUCCUGGGGGUGUACUCGUUCGGCCUGUUCACCACCAGCAUCUUUGCCAACGCGGGCCAGGUGGUGACGGGCAACCAGACGCCUCACUUCCUGUCGGCGUGCCGGCCCAACUACACGGCGCUGGGCUGCCAGUCGGCCAUGCACUACAUCACCGAGCGCCGCGCCUGCACCGGCAACCCCCUGCUCGUGGCCUCCGCACGCAAGUCCUUCCCCUCCAAGGACGCCGCGCUCAGCGUCUACUCGGCCGUCUACACCGUGAUGUACGUGACGCUGGUGUCGCGGACGAAGGGGACGCGUCUGGCCAAGCCCACGGUGAGCCUGACGCUGCUGUGCCUGGCCAUGCUGGUGGGCGUGGUGCGCGUGGCCGAGUACCGCAACCACUGGUCAGACGUGCUCGCCGGCUUCUUCACCGGGGCCGCCAUCGCCGUGUUCCUGGUGACGUGCGUCAUCAACAACUUCCAGCAGGCAUUGCCCCCUCCCCCGCCAGCCCGGCCCCAGCGGCCCGAGUCCGUGCUAGGGGUGCCCAUGGUCUCGCUGCCCUGCGUGGAGAGUCCACUCGAAAAACUCCACGGGGAUCACCAUUCACUGAGAUCACAUGACCAUCAGCCCUAUCGGUUCCCCGCCACCCCCGAUGUCCUCAUACCGUCUCGCUCCAUUUCCAGCGAAGUCUAGACCAGCCUGACGA